UCGCGUCACUUUAUUUUCGCGAAUCUUAAAGUCGCGAAAUUUAAGUGCGAAAAAAGUGUAAUAAGGUAGUCUUACUUAUAACAAUCUGAGCACUGCACGCUUUUUGUCAAAGCUAUUAUUUUUUGUACAAGAAGCGUUUUGGAGCGUUGUUUUCUUCCCGUUUUCCGCAAUCUAAAAGAGUCAGAGUUGAAUUGUUAUCAUUCACUUUACAUAGGAGCUAAGAGUUCUGGCUGAAUGAAUUGAUCAAGCUGUUGAAGACGAUAAGUGGCCGUUGUUAACUCAUCCAUACAUAUGCUAAUAAAAUCGCCAUCACGAAAUCCACCACGUUGGGGGUUAGCGUAUGUUUGAAAUGAAUUCCAUGUCAUUUUAGCCAGGAUUGGCUUUUUUUCAAGGCAGCAGCGAUAGGGAGGUGAGUACAGCAAGUCUAGUUGCUGCAAUUAGAAUUAUUUUUAGAAAUUAUUAAGAAGGUUCUUUUUUGACGAAUUGAUAUUUUAGCACUUUUUAUUCUUUUUUCAUGGAAUAGUAGCGAAAGGUUUUGGUCGGCAGCAAUUGUAUGUCAGCAUACUUUACUUCUGCUUGCCACAGUCAAAUGUAAAAAAAAUGCGAUUUGUUUACACAGUAAUCUUUCAUGAUAACUGCAUACGUAUUCGCUACGAUCGCUAGAGUAUUUAGAUAUCGUUUUACUGUUUUAUUAUCGCUACGGUUAACUUUAUUGUACUAUUGUAUUUAUAUAAGGCUUGUACAGUAUCAACCAUGUUCUAAGCGCUUCACAUUCAAAGUCCUAUUAUGCAUUGAAAAUUCCUAUCCUGGAACAAGAACAUACGUUCAAACAGGGGGCGGUAAGGGAUUUCGUGAUCCGUGAACGAAAAGGAAAAUUUUUGUUUAUCGUGAAUCGUGAAAAGGACAAAUUGAAAACCGUGAUCCUUGAUAGCUACCUUCACCGUGAUUCGUGAAUUGCAAAAUUUGAUCAGCGUAAUUCGUGACCUAUGCUCUUUAAAAUUCGUGAAUCGUAAUUUCCGAGUAAAGAUUUAUCCUUGUUGUCAGUUUAUCAGUUUAUCCUGAAACGUGUUUUUCGAUUUUUGAAACUCGUGAAACAUCCCCCUCUGGUCCCUCUCCACCUUAACGCCCCUGUUCAAAAAGUAAAAUUCAGGGGAGAGAAACAGACAGCUUCUUUUCACGUCACGAUCGGGAAUCGAACCCGUAUCAGCAGAGGUGAGAAGCCCCAUAUGCUGACGUUCUAAUACACUGGGCCACCUGUGGUGAGGGCCCCAUAUCUGGCGUGCUAACACACUAGGCCACCUGUGGUGAGGGCCCCCAUAUCUGACGUGCUAACACACUAGGUCACAUGUGUUUAAUUAAAUUUUAUUUACAUUACCGAAAUUCCUAUGUAGUUUGUUUUUAGGGAGGAAGGGUAGGAGGGGGGUUUAAUAAAGGGUGGUGUUUAUUAGAGAUGAGGCGUUCUUUAGAUAGGGGACGUUUAUUAGAUCAUUUACAGUACGGUAAUUUUGCAACAAUGUGUAAGACUUCCCAUUUUUUAUUGUGCCAUCCCAGAAUGCUUCGCGAGGAACAAAACAGGGAGCACGUGUCGGACAGCACAUGUGGAGGACUGUGGUGGCUAACUCGAUGGAAACUCCAUUUAGUAGUUCUAUUUGUACUAUUGGUGAUUGCCGCGUAUAUUUUUCACCCACAUUUGUUUGAUUAUUAUUUCGAUGUAUCCACAGACCAUACAAAUGGCGCUCUUCCGCCAGAUACAAAUACCUCCACGAAUACCCAAAGUCAUUUGACAUUCUCUAUUUCUCAAAUCCAAGACAAAGAUAGCUUAUUCAUCACUCAAAAUGGUUUUGAUUGUGGGAAAAACUGGACGCGCGAAUACCAACUACUUCACGCCGAGUCACUGACAUCUACCAGCAAGGAUCGCAAAUUCCUGGUCUACAAUUGCCUUGGUCAUGGCGGUGGAUGUGGCGGGUAUGGAAACCGCAUGUCGGCUCUGGUAUCGACUUUCUUUCUAGCCGUGCUACUAAACAGGACGUUUUUAAUCCACUGGGGAGGACCAGAAGAACUCGAAAAACUUCUCGAGCCUCACAUGAUUGACUGGAGAUACGACGAGCGAAUAGUCAAAAGUCUUUAUGGAAGGAAAACAUACUGGGGACUAGAGCGAAUUGGAGGGUAUGGGCGACGUAAGAUUUUCAGAUGGCAAGAAUCUCAAUUUCAGAGCUGGAUAAAGCAUGUUAACUUCACCGAGUAUUUUGACCGCCCGGUGGAGCAAGUUGAGACGAUAUGGUACUUUGCAAAUCAGUUAUGGAGUAAUCCUAUAUUAAAGAAAUAUGCUAUGAGCCUCGGCGUGGGAAUAUGGAGACAUGAUUACCCAUACGCCUUGACAGGCUGUGCUUUCAGCUUCUUGUUCAAAAAAUCAAAAAGUUUAAGAGACGACUUCAAAAAAGCAAAAAGGGAGAUACGACUUCAUAGACCAAUAAUUGGAAUUCACAUUAUAACAAGCGAUCAUCAUUUUGGCAGUCGCAAUCCAUACAGCGUUCGCACACGUGAUCCACUAAAAGUGUUUGAUUGCGCGCAGCGUGUAGAAGAUGCCCUCAAGAAGAAAUACUCAGAACUAAAGGUGGCCAAUUUUACCUGGUUUUUAGCUGCGGAUAACAAGAAGGUCAAGGACCAAGCCGUUGAUAUUUACCCUAGGAAAGUUUCCACGCUUCAAUUGACUCCAAGACACUUAGAUCUUAGUCAAAGCGAUCAUCAGCAGGUUUUACGGGAUCUGCUUUUGGACCAACUCAUGCUGUUAGAGUGCGACUUUCUGAUUGGAACCGAAGGCAGUACUUUUACCUCCGUGGCUCAAGGAACCAGGCUGUUUCCUAAGAGGAGCUUCGUGUACGGAGAGAAAUGUAAAUUGGACGCGGAAAAUGUCGCAAUUGCCACUCCUUGGGUGUUGUAGGGCGAGAUGUGCAAGAUAUCUUUGGAAAGUGAAACCGUAUCGAAAUGUAAAGAAAUAAUGAACUACCAUACAAAUUAAUAAAAUUGCAUUAUGUAAAA